GAUGACGCCUCCGAUGAGGAGGCCUCUCCUCCCCCCAACCAGAAGGGGAACUCACCUUCUCCUUCAUCCUCCCCACGAUCCCCAGCCACCUCAUCGACCAUGGGCCGCAAAGGAACCGCCAAACCCGUUCGACGGGGCCGGAAAUCGAGAAAGGAUGACGAGGAAGAUGGUGAAUUGUAAGUUUGACGAUGGUCUGGGGACGAGUCCCACCACUCUCUUGACUCUGCUUCCAUGUCCGAAUCCGACUCUGGUUCUGACUCUGAAGGAUCCGCUCACGGUGCUGAAGACGACGGCCCCAUUUUCGCAUACGACAAACUGUACCACUCGUCCAAAGACAAAGAGGAUAUCAUGGCCAUGCCCGAAAUCCAGCGCGAGCAGAUCCUCUCGGAGAGAGCACAACAGGUUGACCGCCACAACCAGGACCUCGCUCUCCGCCGACUCCUCGCCUCCCGCGAACGUGAAGAAGCCCGUCAAGCGAAAAAGAACAAGCGCAAGGCCAGCGCCGCCAACCUGGAGGACGGCAAUCGCAAGAGCUCCCGCCAGAAGACGACCCUGGGUGGUCGCAAGGUCGGCGAGACUUCCGAUGCCAUCCAGGCCUACAAGCGACAGCGUGAGCAGAAGGGCAAGCGUGAUGAGCUCCGUCGUCGUGAACCCGCCGUCAAAGACGCCAAGUCUCGCUCGAGGGACGACCAAGUCUCGGAUGACGACGAUGCGGAAGGCGAGAGCGAAGUUGAAUGGGCCGAUCGCGAUCGUUCCCCGUCGCCUCCCAAGGACGAUCCACCUGCCGAUCUUCGUGACUUGAACCGGGCUCGCGUGGGUCGCACCAACUUCGCUCAGGUCUGCUUCUACCCCGGCUUUGACGAUGCUAUCUCUGGCUGCUUUGUUCGUGUCAAUAUCGGCCCUAAUCGCGAUACCGGUCUCAACGAGUAUCGACUCUGCUCGAUCAAGAGGUUCAGCGAAGGCAAACCUUACGGUAUGGAGACCGCAAAUGGCCGUACUUUCACCACCAACCAGUAUGCCGUUGUUGCCCACGGUAAAUCCGAGCGCGAGUUUCCGUUCAUCGCCUGCUCUGAUUCUAUAAUCACCGAGGCGGAAUUUAAUCGAUACCGUCAAACGCUGGUUGUCGAGGACGCCAAGAUGCCGACAAAGACCAUGCUUGAUGAUAAAGUGGCCGACAUCAACCGCCUACUGAAUCACAAGUUCACCAACGAGGAAUUGAACGAGAAAUUGCGCAAGCAGGGAUUCUUGGACAGCAGAAAUAAAACCAUCAGACGCCUGGAGAACGAGAAACAACUCCAGAUUGCUAUGGCCGCCGGUGACGAUGCCGAAGUCGAGCGACUCCAAGCCGAGCUUGCCAGCCUCGGCACUCCCAAGCUUGGGUAUGGCAACAACAAUGCCAAGCCCCAGGCUAAAAAGCAGUCGGAGCACGAGCGUCUUGCGGAGCUGAACUUGCGCAACCAGAAACUCAACUACGAGAAUGUCCGUCGUGCGCAACUCGAGGAGCGCAAAGCCAGUCGCAAAGCGGCGGCGGCAGUGGCUCGUGGAGAAGCUACGGCCAACCCUUUCUUGCGUGUCCGCACCCAUGCCAAAACUCACUAUGACGUGAACACCAAUGGAACCCCAGGUUCUGGAGAUGCCAGCCGCGAUGCCACCCCGGCCACCGGCUCCGACGCAGCCCCGAAAUCGAACACCCCGAGCAAGCCUUCCACUCCGUCUAGCUCCCAGAAGAAGGCCACCCCGGGAGGCAUUGCGAAGAUUCGCCAUCGGAACAUGGACGACGAGAACAUUGCUGCCCUCGAUCUAGAUAUAGACAUUGAAAUCUAGUGCUCGGCUUGUUUUUUUCGACUCCCAAGCACCGUGUUUAUGUCAACUUUAUUUCCUUUUUUCUCUGUCAUCUUUCUUUGCAUGUUUUCAUUACGAAAGAGAAGUCCUUCCGCAGUAUUUCGCACGCAGCCUAUGU